UGCAAUAAGUUUCACAUUAAACCAAACAGGUUGAAACAGGUUUCUACCAUAUUUUAGGAUUUCAUUUCACUGCAGCAACUUCUCAGGUCAGCCAAACUCAUUUUUGUCCUUGUUUUGCUUGGUGUCAGUGAACUUAAGAGAAAAGAUCUGAGCCGAAGAAUGGAAGUGAGACAAAGAGGAUGAUGGACAUAUUUUAGGAGAGGGCAGGGAGAAACUUUAGGCGCCAGAGGUGACAGCCGUGAGUGUGUGCUAAGACCACAGGAAGAAAGAGACAGAGGAAGAAAAGCAGCAGGUCAAAGACCACCGCUCUAAUGUCCAGAGGGGGAUCUUCUUACAUCACCGAGGGCUGAGUAAAGGAGCCCACCACGCAUGAAAACCAUUACGUAAUUUGGAAAAUAUGAUGGGAAGCAUGAGCAGGUGUUGUUGACACUCACAAGGAACUCCACAGGUGCUCGAAGGUGCCUCCUUCUUCAGUAACUGUGGACUGGGACAUCUUAGAGGAUGGGUAGUCUGGAACAGUUGUGAUUGGAAGAUGAAUUUCUCUGAAGUCUUCAAGCAAACCAACCAACUUUGCAAAGUUUCCCCAGAUGGAAAGUAUUUGGCUACCUGUGUGCAGUACAGACUGGUGGUGCGAGACGUGAGCACCUUGCAGAUAUUGCAGCUCUACACAUGCCUGGACCAAGUAUCUCACAUGGAGUGGUCUUCUGACUCUCUAUUUAUUCUCUGUGCUAUGUACAACAGAGGACUGGUGCAGGUGUGGUCUCUCGAACAGCCAGACUGGCACUGUAAGAUUGAUGAGGGCUCAAUAGGACUAGUCUCCUCACGCUGGAGUCCAGACGGACGUCACAUUCUCAACACCACUGAGUUCCAUCUGAGAGUCACCGUCUGGUCCCUGUGCACCAAAGCCGUGUCUUACAUCAAGUAUCCCAAAGCCUGUCAAAAGGGUGUAGAUUUCAGCAGAGAUGGGCGCUACAUGGCCUUGGCUGAGCGACGUGACUGCAAAGACUAUGUUUGUGUGUUUGUGUGUGACGACUGGCACUUACUCAGGCAUUUUGAGACUGAGACACAGGACCUGGCAGGAUUGGAGUGGUCCCCCAAUGGCUGUGUGCUGGCAGUGUGGGACAGCUGUCUGGAGUACAAAGUGUUGCUGUAUUCUCUGGACGGCCGGCUGCUGUCAACCUACAGUGCCUAUGAGUGGUCGCUGGGUGUCAAGUCUGUGUCCUGGAGCCCGAGCAGCCAGUUCCUGGCCAUUGGUAGCUAUGAUGAAAAAGUUCGCAUCCUCAAUCACAUCACAUGGAAGAAAAUCACACAGUUGGAGCACCCUGCAGUUAUCGACAACACAAAAGCUACGGUGUAUAAGGAAGUGGAGAAAAGGCCAGGUGUUGGCAGUGAUGAAAUGUCGCUACACAGCAUCACAAUGGGAACCACCCUCUUCAACACCCAGAGCAAAUAUGAGAUCUGCCCGCUGCCGGUCCAAAUCCCUGUGGUUAAACCAGAUCCAGACCGAGCCAACCCCAAGAUUGGCAUCUCUGUUUUGGCAUUCAGCUCAGACAGUCGCUAUCUAGCCACCAAAAAUGACAACAUGGCCACUGCUGUCUGGGUGUGGGACAUGCAGAAGAUGAGCCUGGAGGCCGUGCUGGAGCAGACAUCGGCCGUACGUUGCUUUCAGUGGGACCCUCAACGUCCCCGGCUGGCUCUGUGUACAGGCAACACCAAACUCUAUCUCUGGUCCCCAGGAGGCUGUGUUUCUGUUCAGGUCCCCACUGAAGGUGGUUUUCAAGUCCAGUCCCUGAACUGGCACUGCAGCGGAAACUCUCUGAUCCUGCUCGGAAAGGACCAGCUGUGUUUGUGCUACAUGGACACUGACCAGGAGGACAAGUAAACCAACCAAAAACACAUCUUAGGAAUAACUGGAUUAGAGUUCAGGCUUAUUUAGCCAGACGUGCUUGUGCUCAGGUGAAGACCAAGGGACCAACAGCAACACUCCUAAAAACGUAAAUUGGACUGGAGCUGCUCGCCAAGUUUUAAAGGCUACUGGGACGUUCCGUUUCUUGUCAAGCUAAGAACAUUGAUAACCUGACAUCACUCCAGAAUGGCUCAUUUUAAUAGAUGUCACUUUUUUUUCUUUUUUUAAUAAAUAAGAAUGUACUAAAGCACUAGUUGCAAACACUGUGAGAAUAUAAAAGUUUACAAAAUUUUAUAGAUUUCACUGUAGUCUUGCUAUUUUGUAUAUGUAUUACCAUGAAAUUGUAAUUAUUUUGAAUAAAUUUUGUCAUAAAUAA